AAACUGUGAUAUGAGGUUGCUGGCUUUGACUGUGUGGGCAUUCGUGUGCGUGACACUACUGGGGGUGUUAGCGUACAGUAUGCUGCUGUGGAGCCAGUACUGGAGGUGGGCUACUCCGCGCAACACCGGAGUGCAAGCGGCGGUACCCCGGCGGUGGUCGCACUUCUCCCGAGGAUACAGCAACGCUUCAUUGACUGGUGGUGUGCUACAUCCUCACAGAAUGGCACCCUUGCCAAAAGACAAACUGUUCGCGAAGGUGGAGGCGUACCGGGCGCAGUUGGAGCGCCAACUGCGUCGCGCCCAGUGGGACAGUGUGCGGCCCGUGGGCGCCGGCGGCCAGCCGGCGUCGGACCGUUACGGGGUGCGGGCCUGCGGACGCAAGCCGGCCCGCUUCGCGCCGCCCAAGCAGCUGCUGGCCAAAGCCAUCGCUCUGCGCAUGAGCAUGCUGACCAGGGACACGGAGCCGUUCAAGCGGAUGGGCUACAGCCAGUACUUCCCGGCGACGGAAUUCUACGCGAAUCGCUUCAACUCCUGUGCCCUGGUCUCCAGCGCGGGUUCCAUGCUGGGUUCGAAACUUGGACCAGAGAUCGACGGCCACGAAACAGUGGUGCGCUUCAACGACGCCCCCACCGCGGGUUUCGAAGGCGACGUGGGGGCGCGCACCACGAUGCGCCUACUCAACUCGCAAGUGCUGGCGCGGCCCGAGUUCGACUUCUUCAAUUCGGCGUUGUACCGCAACGUCACUUGGAUCGUCUGGGACCCGUCGCGCGACCGCCAGCCUCUCGAAAAGUGGGUGGAGCAUCCCGAGUUCGACCUGUUUCCAGCGUACUGGCUGCGUCGCGAGGUGCUUCCAGACGAACCCUUCUACCUGAUGCACCCGGACUCGGUCUGGGAAGCCUGGCACUUCCUGGACAGCGAGAACCCGGGCCCUGUGCUCAGGAACCCACCAUCCAGCGGAUUUCUCGGUCUUCUUCUGCUGCUCAAACAGUGCCGUCACGUGGAUGCCUACGAGCUGGUUCCUUCCAUGCGGUUGACCAAGCGCUGCCACUACUACGAGGUACACGAGGAUCUGGGAUGUACUAUGGGGGACUGGCACCCGCUGGCUGCAGAGAAGCUGCUGGCGCUUCACCUCGCCUCAUCAUCGGUACACGCGCUCGAACAAGUGUUCGCCAGAGGAACUCUGCCGCUCAGCAUGAUCGACAACCAGGCAGACUGAGCAGGCCGAGGACAAGAAAUAGCAAGUGCUGUGGUGCUU